AUGUCGCUUCACUACCAGAUCGCCCGGCAGCCCGACAACGUCAUGAAUUUUCGGAUCGCUGGGGCCUGGGAGCCCGUGACUGAUGUGACCGGAGGUGACGGUAACGGCCCAUCACGCUCAUCGCAUCGGCGGAUGCCCUUGCUUUUCGAAGGAAUCUUGAUGACUUACCUCGGACUAUAUCUUGAGGGUGAACACUCGGACCGACACCCCGAGUGCACAUACUCACUGAACAAGCUUCUCAGGGGGGCAAGGUCAAUGCCAAAUUUCUCCGCCAGCAGCCUCAACAAGGCCUGGCCGCUAUACCAAGGAGCACCAGGACUUGGUCUGACAAAUUCGAGCACACCGUACGCAAGGUGUUGCUCGAAUCCGAACUGUGAUGCGACGACGCACACGUCAAAGUCGUGGGGCUGGCUGCCAAACGAGACGGAAAAGACAGAGGACAAUGUCUUAUGCACCACAUGUCUUGUGUAUUGGAGACGAAAGGGCAAGAUGCGCAACGCCAAUGACCACGCAUACAAGCUGAAGACCGGCCGCGCUGCCAAGGUCUACAUCUGCUCGAAUCUCCUGUGCGGAUCCGACAAGGUUGAUAAGAAUUGGGGCUUCUGGGACGGGUUUGAGGGUCGCAAAGACAUCAACUCGAUCCUAUGCCGCCAAUGUCGAGUGCACGCCAACAACUACAAUGGCGCGAUGAGAGAUCCCGCCAAGACGGCUCACAAGGGAAAGGCAAUUCCCAAGGAUAGAGAGUGCUCUUAUCCUAACUGCAAUGCGACCGCGGCCGACACAGAGCAUUGGGGACGAUGGAAUGGCUUGACGGAGGAGAAGGAUGAAUCCAACAUCCUUUGUGCUCGAUGCCUAGCACAUGCAAACAACCAUGGUGGAAUAUGUGGAGGCCCGAGUUCUCCAACCGCGUCCAGGUCGACAUCCGGACCUGCUCAAACCCCCUGUGUGGAGAUACUGGCCCAGCAAGAAACAAACAAUAGGGAUGGGACCCAAACCAAUCAGGGCCGAAGACAGAGGACAAUGUCCUCUAACGAGCUUCUCCGGCCGGCAGAUGCGGCCAUCCCCCAGGUCCAGGACCUGGAGGGAUUCAAUCGCCGAUACCUCAACCACCCGGCCCUAAACGUGGUGGUCGUCCGCGUGGGCCGGGGUCGGUUCCGCAUCCCGGUCUCCAUCGUGGAGAUGUCGGUCCAAGACCGCGAGGCGCUUGAUGAAAACACCAUCGCCUUCAUCAAGCACCUCGCGCUCCUGAUGAUUCCGGAUGGCAUCCCGGAGGAGUGGCGAGACUGGCUCGUUACUGAGGUCAAUUUCAAUGCUUACAACCGGAAGCCAAGCAACAUGUCGCAUUGCCGACAAAUCCGCGAGCAAGCCAAUGCGGACAUCCCCAUGUCCGCAAACGCGAUCAACAUCCUCGCAGCACAAUGCUGCCUCCUCGGAAACGUGCCCAUCGCCCCCCCAGGCACACAUCCGGGCAGGCGGCGGAGGCUUCAUCCUCGACGGAAACCUUCGUUUCGUCGAGGGGAAGCUCGUCUGCCCGGAUGGGACGGUCGUCAGGGCCAAGCUGUGGUCAUCGUCGACCCAGUCGACGAUGAAGAGGCCGAGCCGGCUCCCGGAGCCGUGCUCGGCCCCGUUGCCCAGCCUCGGCGCCACCCUCUCAAACUGGUGAACUUCGGUGGCGUCGGCGCCAAGAUCCUCAAAACCAUCGUCUGGAUCUUGGCAGCCCUCACCGUUUGCUACCUGGCAUUCCUGCUGCUGGCAAUUGGCAUCCGGCUUGCCAACCACCCCGGUCUCCGACCUGCAAGGGUCAUCACAGCUUUCACCGCGCAGUGUCAUGGCGCAAUAAGGGGCUACAGGAAGAAGCUCGUAGUCAGCAAGUAG